UUGUGUCACAAAGGGACGACUCAGAAUCCCAAAUACAAGAAAAAUAAAAUAAAAAGCAAAGGGAGAAGAAAGCAGGAAGCUAUGGCGGAGCAGCUGACAGACGAGCAGAUAUCCGAAUUCAAGGAAGCCUUUGGCCUCUUCGACAAAGAUGGCGAUGGUUGCAUUACUACCAAAGAGCUGGGAACAGUUAUGCGUUCUCUAGGACAAAACCCAACCGAGGCUGAGCUUCAGGACAUGAUCAACGAGGUUGACGCCGAUGGAAACGGAACCAUCGACUUUCCCGAGUUCCUGAACCUGAUGGCUAAGAAGAUGAAGGACACUGACUCAGAGGAAGAGCUGAAAGAAGCAUUCAGGGUUUUCGACAAAGACCAGAACGGUUUCAUCUCCGCUGCUGAGCUUCGCCAUGUUAUGACCAAUCUCGGUGAGAAGCUGACUGAUGAGGAAGUUGAAGAGAUGGUCCUUGAGGCUGAUGUUGAUGGAGAUGGUCAGAUAAACUAUGAAGAGUUUGUCAAGAUUAUGAUGGCUAAGUGAUGGAUGAUGAUGACCUUUUUUCUAAUGCCUCUUAAGACAUUUGCAUGAUUGGUUUAGAUAUUGGGUAUAAUAAAUAGACAGAGAUUUGAGGCAGAACAAUAUUUGCUCUUUGGUUUAUGAUUUCAUGGUAUGGAAAACAAUUAUAUUGGUUUGAGAAGCUAAACUGCGUGUUCAGUAAAGGGAAGGAAGCGUAAGCAAAUGUUUUUCUA